GUGAAGGCAGAAUUAGAAGAAUAUUUCCAGGCAAACUCUGGGGGGGAUGUGUCCGACCAAACCGUGUGGCUCGCACACAAAGCUGUGGCGCGGGGGCUCUUUAUUAGACGUUCCUCAUAUCUCAAGAAGAGUAGACAAAAAACCCAACUAGAAUGCCAGAAGCUACUGGCGGUAGCGACGACCCAAAACAAACUAAACCCAUCUCCGGCUUUGGCCAAACAGGUGCAAACCCUAACAAAUCAACUAACAGAACUGAACGCAGCGAAAACCGCCUAUUUUUUACAAAGGUUAAGGGCAACAUCUUAUCACCAUAGCGGAAAAGCUACAAAAUAUCUAGCCAACCGCCUAAAG